AUGGCGGUGCGAAAGGGCCUCUGUGCCCUCGUUUUUGGAGGAGGAAGUGGUUUAGGGCUAGCCACAGGAAAGAGACUUGUUAAAAAUGGCUACAACGUCGUUUUAGCGGACCUGCCAUCGAGUGAAGGUGACAGGGUGGCGCGAGAUCUGGGAGACAGCUGCAUUUUCGCCCCAGCAGAUGUAAGUGGAACUGGCCUGGGCUAUUCCUUAGCCGCACACCCCCCCGCCCCGCCCCUUGUAAAGAUGAGGUUUUCUGACGGGGUGGCUGUGUCAGCACUAUAUUUUCGAGGGGAAUGAGAAAACGAAAUCCAUUUUUGGCAUGGAAGGGGUUCCAAUCUGGUUGAACAGAUCCCUAAAGAAAUUUAAGGAUUAUAGUUUGCCAACAUUAACAACAGUAGCUGAAAACUGAUUUUCUUAAUGUUAUUGUUCACUGCACAGGUUUCAUCAGAAAGUAGUGUUAAACAGGCUAUCAAAACAGUUGUAGAUAAAUGUGGUCCUUUGCGGGCAGUUGUGAACACGGCAGGGAUAAUGAAAAUCGCAGGAACUUUGUCUGAUACUGGGGAGGCCCAUUCUCUUUCCUUAUUUGAGGAAAUAACAAAGGUACAGUCAAACCUAUUUAUACCAGGCAAGACCACACAUUAGGUGCCAGCUUUAUUAACACACAUAAAUUACUAUCACAAUCAGAUGCAGAGGUUGGGAUAACAGAUUUGGGUAAAAUCCAACUAGAGGUCUAUUAUCAAUGCUCUUAUAGCCCACUAAUAGAGAAAAGAGCUGGCUUUGAAAACCAAAACAGUGGCGGCUGAAUCAUGUUUUGCUAGCUAAAGUUGUUUUGUCUCGAUAUUUUUGACCAACUAGUUGGAUUUAACUAAAACAAUAAUAUUCCUCUCGCCCUCAUGGCCUCUGAGUCAAUAGCCCAUUCGGCUAUUGACUCAGAGCCCAUUUGGGCUCGAGGAAUAAUAAUAUUGUUAAAUAGUCUCAUAAUAAUAAUAAUAAUAAUAAUAAUAAUAAAUAAUAAUUUAUUUCUAUAGCGCAUUUUCCUAAUGCCCAAAUGCACUUUACAGUGUCAAAUAUAUUAUAAUCUAUACACUAAAAAAUGUAAAAAAUCCUAAGAAUUGAAAAAAUUAAAAGUCUAAAAGUCCUUAAUAUAAUAAUAAUAAAAAAUUGAAAGUCUAAAAAUAUGCUUGUCGAAAAAGAUAGGUCUUAAGCUUAGCUUUAAAGAUAGAGACAGAUGCGCUGCUUUUAAUCUCAAAUGGAAGUGAGUUCCAGAGGUAAGGCGUGCACAGUGAGAAAGCCCUCAAGCCAAUCAAUUUGAGCUUGUAUGUUGGCUGCUCCAGUAGAAGUUGGUCAGCAGACCUAAGAGCUCGCCUAGGAACAUAAGGACUGAUGAGCUCAGUCAGGUACGUUCGAGUCGCACCAUGGAGUGCCUUAAAGGUGUACAAUAAGAUCUUAAAAACAAUACGCUGACGGACAGGGAGCCAGUUUAGCUCAAUAAGUAGUGGUGUGACAUGAUCAAACUUUCGCUUGCAAGUGAUCACUCAUGCCUGCAGACUAAAGACAUCGAUCUCAUGCAUUAAGGACAAUUUCUCACAAAUCCAGACAUGUUGUUUCACACAUGAUUGAUACUGAAAAUUCAAUUCAGUUUCCACAAACACAUUCAAAAAGUAAUUGCACGAUGAAUUUGUGUUCCAGUGACCAGUGAAAUGAAUAUAUUAUUCAUCAUAGCUUACUUUAAAGGAUUUGUUUUGCAGAUUAAUCUAACGGGGUCAUUUAAUGUGGCCCGCCUUGCAGCAGAGCAAAUGGCGACUAAUGAACCUGAUGAGGGAGGGGAGAGAGGGGUGAUUAUUAACACCUCCAGUGUUCAUGCUUAUGAAGGACAAGCUGGAAAAGUUGCAUACUCAGCAACUAAAGGAGCAAUCAAUGGUAUGACGCUCCCUAUGGCUAGAGAUCUGGCACAGUAUGGCAUCAGGGUGAAUGCAAUUGCACCAGGUGGAUAUUGUUUACUUAAAAUGUGACUUAGACCCCUUAAAAAGUCCAUGGGAUAGGAAGACACUGAAUUGUUUCGUACUUCAAGUAGAAAACUUUGGUAGCUUUAUAAUUAUGGGACUAAAGCAGGAGGGCAGGGCACAAAAGGGAAGGUCAUUGUAUAACAAGACUGGGGUUUGCAAGGAAGCUGCUGAGGCUAUUGCAAAUGUGAUUUUUCAUGUUUAAACCCUCCUCUCCAUGGAUAAAAAAACCAGUCCUGCUAACCUCUGCAAAGAAAAAAAAAACAGCAACAACAACAACAGAUGUGUGGGAAGAAAUUGCACAGUUUUUGGGACAUAUAUUUGACACCUUGGUUGAGUAUUCAAAGUUUAAACUUUUGCAUAUAUUUAUAAACAGUUUUGGCAAUGCAGAAUUCACAUUUCCUGUACCCCCUACACCCAGCUCCUGUGAGUCCUACCCCUUUUGUUUUGGGGGCGUGCUGCCCAGAUCAUCCACCUUCCUGGAUGGCUGACGGGUAGGACAAUGGGGUACUUUAGUUGCUACCAGGACCUAUAGCUCACCCUAGGUGGUUCCUUUCAUUCCUUAAUACGGGGGAACGCCAGGGAGGGGGGUACGAAUUUCCCAUUUAUUGCAACUCAAAAGAUUAUUUCUUUGAAAUUGCAAAGAAAUAUUCUUCAACACCAACAAAUUCUUGAAAUUUAUGCAGAACUUCCAGAACACACCCAGAUCCCUCCAUCAAUGCUGUUUGCUGUUAUUCACUAAUAAUGAGUGCUUAUGGUCUUGCAUAUCUUUGUGAAAGUAGGUGGUUUUCCUGGCCAAUGAUUUAUACACUGGCCCAGUUGAUGGAGUGGCCUGCGUCUUUAGCGUGUUGGGACAAAAGAGACUUAAGAUCGCAGACUUGCACAGAAUUCCGGUGUUCAUCUAGCCUAGUACCCAGUUUCAUUUAGCCCACUACAAAACUUUCAAGAAUUUGUAGGUGUUGAAGAACAUUUCAGGGGUACCCAACGAUAAUUUUCGGAAAAUUAUCUGUUUGGAAGACGAUUUGAGAUCUAGAAUUUUCGGAUCAUUUUCUGUAAAAUUUCUUGCUUGCCUGCCUCUCCUAGGAUUUUCGAACAUAAAAAAAAUGGUAUAAUUGCCCAUUUUUAACAGAUUUUUACCCUACAAAGGUCACCUAGAAUUUUCAGGAGCCUUUUUUCUGGCUGAAAUUUUCGAAAAGGUAAAUUUUGAUCCCUAUAAUUUUCGGAUCACUAUACUUUCAGCUAGGAAAUCCGAACAGAUGAAAAUUUUUUAGGGGAUAAAAAUAACCCUUUUCUAUCGUUUAAAUACUAAAUUACGUUCAACAAUGCUAUGUUUAUGUGGUUUUGAACUAUAUCCUCGUUGGGUGCCCCUGACAUUUCUUUGCAAUAUGUUCCAACUGCCGAAUCUUCACUCUGUCAUUUCUUUAAAACGUUUUCUUUAUCUGACAUCAGGUAUGUUCCUCACACCAAUGUUCACCAAAGGAAGACCAGAACCCUCCCAGCAGGAAAGUGCUGCCCAAAUCAUACCAUUUCCCAAGCGUAUUGCAGACCCAGAAGACUUUGCACACCUAGCUCUAAGCAUCAUAGAAAACAGAACAAUUAAUGGCGAGAUUAUUAGGAUUGAUGGUGCUGUGCGAAUGCCAUAA